GGGGCUGGAUCCGAUUGGCUGACCGGCGGGCUAUAUAACCGACGUCAGCGGGCGUUCCCGCCCUCUUCUGCCGUGGUGCGCGGAUCUCCAUACGGCGUUGUCUCGUGCUCUCCCACUAAACUCGUUGCGCAGGGAAAGUGGUCACGAUGUCCGGAGGUCUAGAUGUCCUUCAGAUGAAGGAGGAGGAUGUGCUGAAGUUCCUGGCUGCGGGAACCCAUCUCGGGGGAACCAACCUGGACUUUCAGAUGGAACAGUAUGUCUACAAGAGAAAGAGUGACGGCAUUUACAUUAUCAAUCUGAAGAAGACCUGGGAAAAGCUGCUGCUGGCUGCUCGGGCCAUUGUCGCUAUUGAGAACCCGGCUGACGUCUGCGUGAUUUCCUCCAGGAACACUGGCCAGAGGGCUGUGCUCAAAUUCGCUGCUGCCACUGGUGCCACCACCUUUGCUGGUCGUUUCACCCCUGGAACCUUCACCAAUCAGAUCCAGGCUGCCUUCAGGGAGCCCCGCCUCCUGAUUGUGACCGACCCCCGCGCUGACCAUCAGCCGCUGACCGAAGCUUCGUACGUGAACAUUCCCACCAUCGCUCUCUGCAACACCGACUCUCCCCUCAGAUACGUCGACAUUGCCAUCCCCUGCAACAACAAGGGUCCUCACUCUGUGGGUCUGAUGUGGUGGAUGUUGGCCCGCGAGGUUCUGAGGAUGCGCGGAACCAUCUCUCGGGAACACCCCUGGGAGGUCAUGCCUGAUCUGUACUUCUACAGAGAUCCAGAGGAGAUUGAGAAGGAGGAGCAGGCUGCAGCAGAGAAGGCUGUGGGGAAGGAGGAGUUCCAGGGUGAAUGGACGGCUCCUGUGGCCGAUUUUGCUCAGCCGGAGGUGGCGGACUGGUCUGAGGGAGUACAGGUUCCUUCGGUACCCAUCCAGCAGUUCCCCGCUAGCAUUGAGGCCAAGCCUGCCCCUGCCGCCACCGAGGUUUACGCUGAUGACUGGAGUGCCCAGCCUGCAACCGAGGACUGGUCUGCUGCUCCCACCGCUCAGGCUGGAGACUGGGGCGGCUCCACUGCUGACUGGUCAUAAACAGCUUUCUGCAGCCCACAGCUCUGUGUGGCUGAGGAGUCAAUAAACAUGAUGGCUUGCUUGAA